AUGGCUCGACCGCUAGUGGCGGCCAUCUUGUUUUUCGUAAACAGUUUGUGUUCCGCGUGUGAUGUUGAUAUGGCUGUUUACAAAGUGUCAGUGAAGUUUUUGUGGAGUGAGGAAAGUUUUCCAAAAGAUUAUCCGUUGUAUCGACCGAAAGCUCAAUGGUCGGCGCUUUUCGGACAAUCACACAACUCAUCCUACACUCUCUAUCGCGUAGGUGAGGAGGCGCCACUAAUCGUUCGCAACUUUGUACAGUAUGGCAUACUGGACGCUUUAGUGAAAAGCGGUGAUGAGGACCCGAGGAUCUACGAUCAGUUUUCAACACCACCUGUUGUUGAGGGAGUUGGAGAAGCUGAAAAUAUGGUCUUUCUAGAUGGAGCACAUACAGUGAUAUCUAUUAUAUGUCGUCUAAUCCCUUCGCCAGAUUGGUUCAUCGGAGUUGACAGUCUCGAUCUCUGUGUUGAUUCUUCUUGGGUAGAUCAAAUUACACUCGAUCUCCAGCCUCUGGAUGGCGGGGCUGCAAGUGGCCUCACCUUCACAGCACCUCGAUGGAAAACAUCACCUCCUGAACCAGUUUUCAGACAUGGACCACGUCAUCCCAACCAUCCCGCAGCUGGUUUCUAUUAUCCCAACUUGAGAGAACUACCAUCUAUCGCAAAGAUUGAAUUCACUAAGGUAAAAGAAUAUUCGACCAAGGAACAAAACGACUUAGCCCGAAAGGAAAUGCUUACAAGCCUAAAGUUAAAGGAUAAAAAGAAGGGGUUGCCCAGAAGAAAAGUAAACCUCGUAGAGCAGUACGCGGAGAUAUCAACCAAAAGCAACUUGGAUCAGCUAAUAGACCUGGAAGAAGAUCCUGUCGGAACGCCAAGAAAUAAUAUAGCUGAUAAUAAUGUUGUUGUCGUUACAAGAUCACCUUUAACAGCAACACCAGAGGAAGAGUUUGACAGUGAUCUCAAGAACAUGGAUGAUGUAGUACUUGCAGUGGCACAGGGCAGGAAGUUGGGACUAGGGAAACACCUACCAAGGCAUUUCCGGUCGAGGUUACACCACGCAGUUAACAAAAUACAACCCAACGACUGUAUUGUGUCGGAGUGGAGUGAAUGGACUCCUUGUUCAGUAACCUGUGGUUUUGGCGACAAGUUUAGAACGAGAACUGUGCUACGAGAGACAAGGGAAAAAGGCAGAGUCUGUCCACCUCUUAAAGAUAGAACACAUUGUGGAAACAUCAAUUCAUGUGCGCAUAUAGAUUAUUUCGAAUGGUGA